CUUGCGGCCACCAUCAAAGCAGGGAUCGUUGCUAAGAAGUCCACUGCGCGAUGAGUGGAAAGAAGAGCGUGGUCAAGAACCGGGCCCCCGCGCCCAUCCAGAUCACAGCGGAGCAGAUCCUACGCGAGGCACAAGAGCGGAAAGAGGAGUCGGUGAAGCCAUCUCGCCGACGAAUCACCGAUGCCGAGGAGCUGGACGAGUACCGCAUGGGCAAGCGCAAAACGUUUGAGACCGAGAUCCGACGGCAGCGACAUCACUUGGGCACGUGGAUCAAGUACGCGCAGUGGGAAGAGACGCAGCACGAGUUUGCCCGCGCGCGGUCGGUAUUUGAGCGCGCGAUCGACGUCGAGUACAAGAACCAGUCGCUGUGGCUCAAGUACGCCGAGAUGGAGAUGAAGAACAAGUUCAUCAACCACGCGCGGAACGUGUGGGACCGGGCCGUGAGCUUGUUGCCGCGGGUGGCGCAAUUCUGGUACAAAUACGCAUUCAUGGAGGAAAUGGUGGGCAACUUGGACGCGGCGCGCGCGAUCUUUGAGCGGUGGAUGGAAUGGCAGCCGGACGACCAGGCCUGGUACUCGUACAUCAAGUUGGAAGUCCGUGCGAAGGAGACGGAGCGUGCGCGGGCCGUGUACGAGCGCUACCUCAUGUGCCACGUAGCCGAGCGAUCGUACCUCAAGUACGCGGCAUGGGAGGAGAAAGGGCUCGAGUUGGCGCGCGCGCGCACCAUCUACGAACGCGCGAUGGUCGAGCUGCGGGAAGACGAGCGCAGUGAGAAGACAUACAUUGCGUUCGCGGCGUUCGAGGAACGGUGCAAGGAGUUUGAGCGCGCGCGCGCGAUCUACAAGCACGCGCUGGACACGUUGGCCAAGGAGAGCGCGGUGAACCUGUACAAUGCAUUCAUCACGUUUGAAAAACAGCAUGGCGACCGCCACCGCAUCGAAGAAGUCGUGAUAGCCAAGCGCCGCGUGCAUUACGAAGCUCAAGUCGCGCGCAACCCGAUGGACUACGACACAUGGUUUGAGUACAUCCAGCUAGAAGAAGCCGAGGGCAACGAGACGCUGACUCGCGAAGUGUACGAGCGCGCGAUCGCGAACGUACCACCGGUGCACGAAAAGGUGUUUUGGAGGCGAUACAUAUUCCUGUGGAUCAAGUACGCCGUGUACAUGGAGCUGACAGUCGAGUCGGUCGAGGAUGCGCGCCAGGUGUACCAGCAGUGUGUAGCUAUUGUACCUCACCGCUCAUUUACAUUUUCCAAGCUGUGGGUGCUGUACGCCAAGUUUUUGAUCCGGCAAAAGGACGUGAAGGGGGCGCGACGGGUGCUCGGCGAAGCGCUGGGGCGCUGCGCCACGACCAAGUUGUUUCGCAGCUACAUUGCGCUGGAGCUCAUGAUGGGCGAAGUCGAACGGUGUCGCACGCUAUAUGAAAAGUGGCUCGUGUUUGCCCCACACAACUGUGUCGCGUGGAAGCAGUACGCCGACCUCGAGGCCGGCGUCGGCGAAAUCGCGCGCGCGCGCGCCGUGUUUGAGCUCGCGAUCCAGCAAAAUGUGCUCGACAAGCCAGAGAUGAUGUGGAAAGCGUACAUUGACUUUGAAAUGGACCAGCAAGAACUAGACAAGACGCGCGAGUUGUACGAGCGGCUGCUCGAACGCACCAAGCAUGUCAAGGUGUGGACGAGCUUUGCCCAGUUUGAAGGGAGCCAUUUCGAUGCUGACGCGGCGCGCGAUGUGUUUCGCCGCGCAUCGACGUGCUUGAAGGACGAGGGGAAGAAGGAAGACCGAUUGCAGCUGGUCGAGGCUUGGGUCGCCUUCGAAGAGGCGUUGCCGACCAACGACGUGGCCAAUAUCCAAAUGGCGCAGAAAUUGCUGCCUCGGUCCGUGCAGAAGCAGCGCAUGGCGUAUGCCGUCGACGGGUCGGAGCUGGGCAUGGAAGUGUACACAGACUAUGUCUUCCCCGACGAAGAGAAGUCGCAGUCGAAUCUCAAGCUGCUCCAAGCCGCCCAACUAUGGAAAAAACGCGCCCGCGAAGAAUAAAAAAACCUUUUUUUUGCACUUUUUUUUUUCAUCACAACCUGGAGACAUAAUAAUAUUGGAAGAAUAUCCCACUUUGGAUGCGAA